AGGAUUGUGACGUUACAGCCACGCACGGGACAACGGGGUUAUAAACUGAUCCUGAAUUUUUAGUGUGCACAUCUUUCUGCCUUAUUUCCACCCAGUCUGUUUUGGGUCGCAUAGGUGCGAUUUAGCUGCUUUCAAUAUUUUUUACAUUUUAUUAUUUAUACUACCCACCAAUGGCUAACGUUACACUCCGGGCAUUGCGGAAACUGUACCGGCAUUCUCACCAUCAGGCGUGUAGUUUUCAUUUGUCAUCUUCACGACAAGAGGCUGUGAUCAUCUCCGGCAGGAAACUGGCACGGCAAAUCCGCCACGAGGCACGUGAUGAUGUGGAGGAUUGGGUUGCUUCUGGAAACCGAAGACCUCACCUGAGUGUAGUGUUAGUGGGUGACAAUCCAGCCAGUCACUCGUACGUUCUCAAUAAAACCCGAGCAGCAGCAGAAGUGGGCAUUAGUAGCGAGACCAUCCUGAAACCUUCUAGUACCAGUGAAGAGGAGCUACUUGACCUUAUUGAGAAACUCAACUCAGACCACAGAGUUGACGGUCUGCUGGUACAGCUACCACUUCCUGAUCACAUUGAUGAGCGACGUGUAUGCAAUGCCGUGUGCCCAGGGAAAGAUGUUGAUGGUUUCCAUGUGGUCAAUGUUGGUCGCAUGUGUCUGGAUCAGUCGACUAUGCUGCCUGCUACUCCUUGGGGGGUUUGGGAGAUUAUCAAACGCACAGGCAUACAGACGCUGGGUAAGAAUGUGGUGGUUGCUGGUCGCUCCAAGAACGUUGGGAUGCCCAUUGCAAUGCUGCUUCACACAGACGGCAGACAUGAAAGGCCAGGAGGUGAUGCCACAGUGACCAUCUCCCACCGUUACACUCCCAAAGAACAACUCCGUCAGCACACUCAGAUCGCUGACAUUAUCGUUGCAGCUGCAGGAAUUCCCAACCUCAUCACUGCUGAUAUGAUAAAGGAGGGUGCAGCAGUUAUAGAUGUUGGAAUCAACAGAAUACUGGACCCCUUGACUGGAAAAAACAGACUUGUUGGUGACGUGGACUUUGAAGGUGUUAAAAAGAAAGCCAGCUACAUUACUCCAGUUCCAGGCGGUGUUGGACCCAUGACCGUAGCCAUGCUAAUGAAAAAUACAAUCAAGGCAGCAAAAAAUGUCAUUUUAACCCCCCCUCAACGUGUUCGAAUGGCAGCAUCCUCAUAACGUCCUCAUUUUCAACUCCUGCACAUUCCACACUGUGCUUCCCUUAGACUUGAUUUUGUGGUCUACUAGUGGGGGGAAAAAAAAUUGUAAUGGCUAUUUUUGCUUUCCAUAGUCUAGUUAAAUAUAUUUAAAGGUUUAAGGACAUGAAUGUGCGUUUUCAUUCGGAUCUUAAACCAAACAUACAUGUAUAUUUUUCAGUUACAUGGCCAAGCAUUAAACACAAGUUUCACUUUUGUUUUCACUGUUA